GUUGUAGGAAACAGGUCUUUGUACUCUUUUCUAAAUUUCUUUUUGCAUUAGAUGGAUUAAGUUUAAUUUUCUGCACAUCAGUACGCAUGAAGCAUUUCUACAUCACACUAUUGAAGUGUUUAGAUUUUGUGUUUUUGAAAUAUUUGUGACGUUCUUAUUUUCGUGUCAAUUUCCGUGGAGUGGAGCAACGAUGUCGUCCUYAUGUAAAAUUCACAAAAGAAUUCUUACUCUACCGAURACAWUWACAMGAUUGACUUUAGUGAGGUUUUACUCUAGAAAGACAGAAUUUCCAACUUUGGACGGCCGUUWUGAUGUUUCUUCUGAUAAAUUUGYAGCWUGCAAAGAAAAAGGCCGUCAACURCAACAGCGCCACCAAGAACUUCUUUCAGCCAUUUAUUUAGGCGGAGGAGAAAACGCACGACAAAGACACACGCAACGCAAUAAAAAGAUUCUAGUUAGAGACAGAAUAAAUAAGUUAUUAGACGAAAAGACGGAUUUUUUGGAGCUAUCACCAUUUGCUGGUCAUGACCUGGACUAUGGGACAGUUUCCUGUGCUGGUCUUGURUCUGGUGUAGGGACAAUAUCAGGGCAGCUUUGUGUUAUUAUUGCYAAUGAUGCUACAGUGAAAGGUGGUACAGUAUUUCCUAUUGGUGUGACAAAACAACUUAGAGCACAGGAAAUUGCACAAGAAAAUAGGCUGCCAUUGGUGUUUGUUGUUGAUUCUGGUGGGGCUUACUUACCCCUACAGGCUGAUAUUUUUCCAGAAACUGGAGGAAAAACAUUUUAUAAUGAAGCCAUCUUAUCUUCUCUUGGGAUCCCUGUGGUUUGUAUGGUGGCUGGUUCUUGUACGGCUGGUGCUGCCUACGUUCCUACCAUGUCAGAUGAAACUGUUAUCGUUAACAAGACRGGAACAAUAUUUCUUGGUGGACCUCCCCUGGUCAAGGCAGCAACAGGAGAAGUUGUAUCUGCUGAGGAUCUUGGGGGUGCAAUGGUUCAUUCAAGUAUCAGUGGAUGUACAGAUCAUUUUGGUGAAAAUGAAGAAGAAUCAAUAGAAAUCACCAAACAGAUUAUGGCAUCRCUAAACCAACCUGAAAUACCAACUCCUAAAGGUCCUGUUGAGCCGCCAUUGUAUAACGUAGAAGAUCUGAUUGGUCUGUCUGUGAUUGACAGCAAAGAUCUGCCUAUGUAUCAGAUUAUAGCUAGAAUUGUUGAUGGCAGUCGCUUUCAAGAAUUUAAAACGAAGUAUGGAGCUGAGCUGAUAACAGGGUUUGCCCACAUCGAAGGGUAUCUUGUUGGUAUUGUUGCAAACAAUGGGACAAUGAAAUCAGAUGCSGCCUUGAAGGGAGCCCAUUUUGUAGAGCUCUGCAGUCAAAGGAACAUCCCAAUAGUGUUCCUACAAAAUAUAGUUCCAGAAGACCCAGUAUUAGAUGGUGCUUUGAUGGCUGGUGUAAUCAAGGACCAGGCUAAGAUGAUGCAGGCUGUUGCCUGUGCAAAGGUACCAAAGUUCACUGUUAUUGUUGGUGGCAGCUACGGUCCUGACAACUAUGUGAUGUGUGGACGGUCGUUCAGUCCUCGGUUUCUAUACUCCUGGCCUUCUGCCACGGUUGCUAUGGACACAGUUGAUAAUAUGACUCAACAAUACAAACUACAAGAGAAUACCACCAUUCAAGACCACGAUCAAUUCAAAACAAAGUUGAAAUCAGAAUCAAAGGCAUACUAUGGAUCGGCAAGACUUUGGGACGAUGGAGUUAUCCUACCUCAGGAYACGAGAAAGGUUCUCGCCAUGAGUCUCCGGGCUUCCUGUGUAUCACUCUACAGUAUAAACCAACCCAAAUAUGGUAUCAUAAGAAUGUAAAUAUUUCAACCAAUCAGCAGAAGAGACAUCGAGGCGAAGUACACACGGGGCAAACGACAUAACGCAGCUUAACCCUGGGUGUGUCUUCGUGAACCGGAAUCCUUUGAUUCAUAACACAAUAGAAGAGUGCAUAUUUCUUUGUUUUGUGCAUUGUUGGUGUUGUCGUAUUGUUUUGUUCUUUGUUAACCGGUACAUGACGUUACAACCUCAAGCUUUGRCAACGAGUAGCACGAGUACUUCAGUACGAGUUAAAAAAGUCACUGUGUUUGUUGUAAAUCCUGUAGUCAAUUUGUUAUUUUAUUAUUUAACGUUUCAGUGAAUUAUAGAAAAAUACGACUGAGCACCGCAUCAAAACCAAGGCCAGUUUGAAAACUCGCACUCCGCAAUGUCUAACUCGCUGUCAACGCUAAAUCUGAUUAUUAUUUGUCUUGCACGAUGGUAAUUAAAGGCACACGUUUUCCCAAGAACCUUUGCGCGAUUUGUUCACAUACUAAAAUUUUUGAACCAAUCACUGAAUCAGAAAACAACUUUCCACAAAAGCUCAUUUGCAAAACAAAAGAAACGAUCGCAAAGGUUCAUGGAUGCACGUUGGCCUUUAAACUGUACAUCAUUUUAAAGUUCAUAGAACAACGAUUUUAAUAACGUAUUUUAUUUUUAUUGAUGAUUCUUGUCAUGUCAAACCGUAGGGAAUGUCCGUGUUAUUGUUUUACAAGAGAUUCAGAGAAGACCGACAAAAUAUCAACAAAAAUG